AUGGACGGAAGACAACCCGAAUAUUCGCAGACAGGUUUGAACUCGCCCUACCCAUCUUUUCCUGAACCGACUUCUGAGGACUCCAACGCAGAUCAAGCAUCUGCUGCGCAAUAUCCUCAAGGACAGGACCCGCGAGCCUCCAACUUCUCCUCGUCGGCCACUCCCUCCUCCGAGUACGCCAUCAACCCCUCGUCUGCUCGAUCGGGUUCGUUUCCCGAGUACAUUCAACGUUCGUACCAGCCAGGCGCUCAAGGUGCACCAGCUGGCGGUAUGGCCCAACCACAAAGUCCGUCAAUGCCUCUACAAGAUGGCCAGAACAAUGACCAUCAAGCGCAACAACUCAAGUCUGACUCGGAUGUUCCUAUAGAUCCAUCAAUUGCCGCAGCGACGAGCCCGACGUACCCUCAACACCAACAGUACUCGCCGUACACCCCCCACCACGACAUGCAGCAUUAUCCGGGGCAUCCCGCCACACCCAUGUAUGCUCAGCGACCUGAAUGGGCUGGGCAACAUCCUCAGCAUCAGAUGCCGUACGGGUACCCCUCCACUUCGGGACCGCCUGCCCCUGCUAUGGUGUCUCCCGUACAACGCCCUCCGAAUGGCGGUCAUCCGUUGUCCACCGUAUACUCCUUCGUCCCGAUUCCGGGCGCGCAGCAACAUAAGCGGCCCCGUCGAAGGUAUGAGGAGAUUGAGCGCAUGUACAAGUGCGGUUGGAACGGGUGUGAAAAGGCUUACGGCACUCUUAACCAUCUAAACGCGCACGUCACGAUGCAAUCGCAUGGCGCAAAGCGGACUCCUGAAGAGUUCAAAGAAAUCCGAAAGGAGUGGAAGGCUAAAAAGAAGGAGGAGGAAGCACAGCGAAAGGCUGAUGAGGAGCGGGCACGAGCUGCUGAUCAGAACCGUGGCCACGAGAACGGUGCCGAGGCACCUGUCUAUGGUCAAAUGCGUCAAGCAGUCGGUGUUCCUGGACAAGCGCCAGGACAUCCCCAACUUCCUCCCAUCGGCUACCAGCCUGCUGCCUCUGGCAACUCAUCUGGGCCGCAGUAUGGGACGCAGAGCCCAGGGCUAGCAGAGGGCAUGGCUCAGUAUUCCACCCCCUCCAGCAAUGCCUUCAACAGUCCGAAUAGUAACAGCAGCAGUUACCCGCAGUCGCCUUACGGCUCGAACCCGCAAAUGUACCAGCAAGGCCAUUAA